AUGCUUGGCACAAGAGACUCCAAUCUGCACUCAAGUUGCAUCCCCUCUAAGAAAAAAAGAAGACAAGGUCAUCGUGCCAUGAACCAAGAGCAGAACAGUUCUCAGAUGACUGAAUUUUCCUGGAAAGAUGUUAUUAAUGCUUUGUCCCUGGCCAACAUGAUCCUGGGGCUCUUCUCCAUCUUCUGCAGCUUCAGCAGGAAAUCACACUGUGCUUCCUGGAUGCUUCUGAUCAGCUUCCUGUUAGACAUUGCAAUAGGGACGAUGACCAGACACUUCAACAUCUGCCACAAACAGGGACUCGAGCUGAAUGACUUUGCUGUCUUCACCACCUUUGGCCUUGCCUCAGCGCUGCUCCUUGGUGUGGAUGGGCCUCUGAAUGGGUUCCUGGCCAUCAUCUAUGUGCUAACCACUUCUUUCCGCCUGUGUUUUUAUUCAGCUGGAGGAGGUUCCUCUGGAUACAAGGGCUUACCCUGCCCCUAUGCUUCCUGUGUUUUGGCCUCCACCUGCCUUCUGACUAAAGGCAAUACAUUCAUUCUUUGCUGCAUGGCUUCACUCAUGAUUCUCUUCAUGAUCGACCAGAGUUGCUACCCACAUGAUGAAAUCCUAGAUUCGGACAACUGGAAAAAAAUUGUUUAUAUAGGAGGUGUUAUCCUGCUGUUUUUCUCUCCGUUCCCACUCACCGCCUUUUAUUGCCUGACUUGGUCGCUCUCCUACAUCUUCUCUCCUGAUACCCUUUGGGGCAGAAGAGUUUGUACUAAGCUCUAGUGAGAGGAAAGCAUAACAUCACCACUCCUGCUGGCUCUGUGGGCUGUACGCUUAGCAUGCUGGACCAAGAUCUGCCUGUCCUCACUAAAGCUUUCGGAU